GGCAGCGCCCAUGCGGAGGAGGAUGAAAAGAGUCGCAAUAACCGGCGGGCGCAGAACACGAGGCAAAGGGAGAAAACAAGAGGUGAAAGGGGAGGCAGAGAGUGUGAGUAAAGAGAGAGAAAGAGAAGGACAGAGAUUGUGGCUUCGAGAAAGAGAGGGAAGAAGUUUCGGGAGAGCGCGAACAAAAAAACCGCUCUCCGCUUUCGGCGUAUAAACCGGGCCGCCUUUUCCUCGUGUCAGAGAGAAGAGCUCGACGCGUCCGUCGAAUCAGUCGAGAGAGUGUGUGUGCGGGGAGACGGCGACUUUUGUGUGAGAGACAUUUUUGCAAACAAAGAAGGCCUUCCGACUGUCAUGGUGUUCUCGUCAACGUCAGGGACGCUAAGACUCUCCGUCUUAGCGGUGUUCCUGGUCAUGUUGCUGGAUGAGCCUUCGACUGCCUCCGUGUUCGGUCGCAGCCGCGCCAAGCGGGCAUCGCUGGCGGACGACUACGAGUGCGUCUACCCGGACGGACUGUUUGCGGACCCCGAGACCUGCCGGAGGUUCUACAUCUGCUCGGCGGGCACCCCGUACAGCCAGACGUGUCCGCCGUCGCUCUACUUCGACGACGUCAAGAAGUUCUGCACCUUCAAGAACAAGGAACUCACCUGCGGACCCGUCGACACCACGACGACAGCGAAGCCGCCCCCGGACCUCGAGGCUGCACCCAAGUGCGACCCUACCGUGUGCGUGCUCCCGGAGUGCUGGUGCAGCCCGGACGGCACGCUGAUACCGGGAGGCCUGGAGCCCAAGGACAUCCCGCAGAUGAUCCUCAUGUCGUUCGAUGGAGCCAUGAACCAGAUGAACUACCCGCAGUACCGGUCCCUCCUCAACAAGGAACACCGCAAGAACCCCAACGGAUGUCCCAUCAAGGCCACCUUCUUCGUCAGUCACGAGUACACGAGCUACUUCUACGUCCAGAAGAUGUUCGCUGACGGCCACGAGAUGGCGUCCAACAGUGUCAGUCACAAGGGACCCGAGAGCUGGUGGGCAAAGGCCAAGUACGAGAACUGGACCGAGGAGAUGGUGGGCAUGCGAGAGAUCCUGAACCGCUUCGGCAACGUCUCCAAGGACACCAUCCUGGGCAUGCGCGCCCCGUACCUCAAGCCCGGCGGCAACGAGAUGCUCAACAUGAUCUACGACUUCGCCUUCGCCUACGACUCGUCCUUCGCCGCCCCACCGAGCAAAGUCCCGCUCUGGCCGUACACGCUUGACUAUCGCGUGCCCCACCACUGCGUCAACAAGGGCUGCGCCACCCACGCCUACCCUGGCGUCUGGGAGAUCCCGCUAAACACCAUGUACGGCGAAGACGGCACCGGAGGACAGUGCGUCCUCGCGGACCAGUGCGUGUUCCCUGCCGACGAUGAAGACACCGUUUUUGAGUUCCUUCUGGAGAACUUCCUCCGCCACUACCGCACGAAUCGGGCACCGCUGGGUCUCUAUUUCCACGUCAACUGGUUCACGGACAAGAUGAAGACCAAGGCGCUGCACCGUUUCGUCGAUCACGUGCUGAAGAACUACGACAAUGCCUGGUUCGUGACCAUGCAGCAGGCCCUGCUCUGGAUGAGGUCUCCCAAGCGCACCGCCGAACUUCGAGAGUUCGACGCCUGGGGAUGCGUCAAGAGGGAACCUUCCUGCAACAUCCCGACAACGUGCGCCCUGCAGUUCGGUGACACGGACAACUACGGAGAUCUGCGGUACAUGGAGACUUGCACGGCCUGCCCGGCCAGAUACCCGUGGAUCGGGAACUACGCCGGCUCCUACAAGGGCAAGAUGAUCAUGGACCAGGUCGCCGACGAAGAAGGACGGUCACCGCCGUCGUCGACGUCCGCUUCGUCGGAGAGCUUCGAGGACAGCCACAACUCCACCAGCGCCAUCUGAAUCGGACACGACGACGGGAACACGUAGGGGAAAUGCAGGAGGACAUUUUCUUUUUUUUCACGUAGCACGACCAGUUUUUCCAAGACCAUAAUCAUAAUUUAUCGUCUCUCGCGCCGCGCAUGUAAGAACUGUGUUCUGUUUCAUCUGCCAUGUUUUGACCCUCCUUUCAUUGUUCGCGUUGUUUGUUUGUUUACUUGUUUUUGCUUGUCGUUGUGUAAAGGCACAAAGACUCGUGGGGCGUCUUUUGCCCGAGGCAGGAUCAAUAAAAACGUUUUGCUGGCUUUUGUA